AUGACCAUGUCGUCCAAUCUGGGCAUGGAUGACCCAACCGCCUUUGGCAAUCCGUCCGAUUCCGAUUCGGACUAUGAGGAGCUUCAAGGCGAUAUUGCCAAGUUUGACCAGUCCGUAAGAGAAUUCCUGGAUUCUCAACAAGGACGCUCAGAAGCGCCCCUUCCGACGCGUGGAGUCUUCAGAGCGCGCGGAGCUCGAGGCCCUCGCAAAGCUGCCAAGCCUCGCGGAGACAUCACCGCUCGAUUGGCCAAGGUCAACCAGGCAUUUCUCGGCGGAGAUUAUGAAAAAGCCUUGGAUCUAGUCUCUGAAGUCAUUCGAAUCAACGCCGAAACCCAUCAAGCAUGGACGGCGCUGUCUUCCAUCUUUCGCGAGCAGGGCGAGAAUGCCCGGGCGCUGUCUGCCAUGGUGUAUGCUGCGCAUCUUCGGCCCAAGAAUGUUGCUGCGUGGCUUGAGUGCGCGUCCUUUGCGCUGGAUUUGUUACACGAAGAUGAGGCGGGCAAUCUUCACACUGCGCGACUCUGCUAUUCCGCUGCUCUCAGGGCAGAUCCCACGAACCUAGAUGCUAGACUGGGCAAAGCUUCUGUAUGCCAUCGACAGGGCCAUCUAGCAGCCGCUAUAUCCGAGUAUAAUAUUGUCCUCAAACAUCAUCCAUAUGACCUCGACAUUGUGCGGAAGCUGGCAGAAGCCUGCAUUGACAAUAAAAAUGCUGAAUCUGCUGUUCCUGCCGCCAUCAUGGCAUACCGGCGCUAUUUUGACUAUGAGAUGGGCAAUUCCCCAAUCUACGGACCGGACGGCCCAUGGCACGAUAUCGGAAUCUAUGUUGAGCUCAUAGCCUCAACUGGCGCAUUUGCCGAAGCUAUUCACGAACUCAAGGCGUUAUCAAGAUGGCUUGUAGGCCGCAUCCAAGAACAAUAUUGGGACCAGUGGCAAGUGGACGACUGUGAAUGGGACGAUGAUGACGAUCGCAGGAGUCAUGUACCCCAUUUUCAAGGCUCCCUAUUUGGCCCAGAACUCUAUGGCCAUGCUCUUCCAUUAGACCUUAGGGUCCGGCUGGCAAUAUAUAGAUUAAGGCUGGGAGAGGAAGAUGAGGCUUUUAGACACUUGACCUGGCUGGAUCCAGAUCACCCUCGCACCAUUGAUUUUUUAGCAGAAUUCCCUUUCGUCUCGUAUGAUCUUGCGAGCGAACUCGCCAAGUAUGAUCAGCCACAAACAGCUAUUAGGUAUCUCGAGCUGCUUCGGGCUACUACCGAAGAGCCUAAUGCCGUUCUUUUGGUUCUACUGGGCCGCUGCUAUCAGGCCACUGGACUGCAGUCUACUGCGGAAGAGUGCUUUCACGCGGCAAUUGAUGCCGAAGAGUACAACAUCGACGCUCGUAUCGAACUGGCCAACAUGUAUGAGAAAGCUAGAGAAGACGAAGAAGCCCUCAUUCUUGCUGCGGAAGCAAUGGCUCUGAAAGAAGCUCAAGGAGAGCCAGCUCUCCACGGGCCCCUAACAAAAGAGCAGCUUCGCAAGUUCUCAAUGAAACCGGAUCGUCGUCUGCGAGAUGCGGGAGCUUCUCGAGCACGGGCAGAGCCUCGACAGCCCAAACCCAAAUCUGCCCAAACAGCUCGUAUCUUGCCUAGGAGAUAUCGCGCAAAGCGUUUUGCAAAUCCAGAUAAGCGCCGUCAAGACGAGCGAUCGCGCGCAAUCAAGCUGUCGCAGCAAUAUGAACUCGUCCGUGGCCUGAAACAGCAGAUCAAGUCUGGUUCUAGCGAUCUCAUACCGGUCUGGAUGGAAUCUUGCAGGGAGCUUGUCGACGAUUUUCGAUCGCUCAAAAGAUUCUAUACAUGGGACAAGUAUCUCCAUUUUCUGGGCAAGAAGCAAUUGUUGGAACAGGCCGCGAGCGCAGAAGCAAAUACCGAGCUGUCGCAGAUGUUUGAGCGUCUUCAACGAUCUCUUGCGCCUCAAGGAGACUCAAUACCGGGACCAGCUUUCGAUAACCAUCAAGGAAUAUCAUUUGACGACUGGCUCGAUCUGUUUCUCGAUUAUGCCAUUGGCCUAUCGCUUGUACAUCGCCGCGAAGAAGCAUAUCAGGUGUGCGAAUCCGCAAGAGACUCGACCGUAUUCCAGUCGCCCCAACACAAUUUUGUCAUCCACAUGGCCUGGAGUGUUUGUGCAAUAAAUACAAAUGACGAAGAAAAGUGUAUUACAAUAGCUCGUCACUUGAUGAGAGAUGGCGGAAUAUCUGACUCCUCUCGGAUGUUUGCCUUGCUCUCCAAGCUUUGCCAGUCUCCUGUUUCCUGGUACACCUCUGGACCGGCCCAAAAAUUCAUCUUGAGGCAGAUCAAAGCCAUAGACGUGAGCUACGAAGCCACGGCGAAGAAUGCCGCUGGGAAACCUGAUUUCGAUCAAAGCAUAACAGCCGCUGCAAAGCUAAACAUGGACAUAUGUCUCUUGAUGCUAUACGGCCACAUUCUAUUCACAUCUACGAGCUACACGUACGCGAUAGGAUACUUUUUGCGUGCCUGGUCACUGGACCAUGACAAUCCGAUGGUCAACUUGAGUCUAGGUCUCGCAUACGUUCAUUAUGGCCUGAAACGGCAGUCAACCAAUCGGCAAUAUUUGCUUUUGCAGGGCCAAGCAUUCAUCGGCAACUACGUGCAAUCAGGGGGAGGUGAGCCACAACGGCAAGCGGAGCGAUAUUACAAUGUGGGCAGGCUCUUUCAACUACUCGGAAUUGGAUAUUUGAGCUUGCAGUAUUACACGCAAGCCUUGGAAGCAAACAAGGCGGCGGGCGGCAAGAAGCUGUUGAAGGAUAUCAUCAUGACGAACCAAAUCAUAUCCUUGCUAUCUACGAAUCACAAGGCCUUGGCACAUGAGCUUCUAGUAAAGAACAUGAAGCUAUAA